UGUGAGAGUGUGUGAGAAGAGCAUAGACAGACGACAGCAACCAUGGCAGAAGUCGCUCCAGCCGCCCCUCCUGCCGCCGCUCCGGUCAAACCGCAGAAGAAGAAGGCGGCCGCCAAGCCGAGGUCGAAGAGCAGCCUCAGCGUCGGAGAGCAGGUCGUCCAAAUCCUUCAAGAGUCCAAGGAGCACAAAGGCGAGUCUCUGGCCGCCAUCAAGAAGAAGCUGGCCGCCCGGGGCUACGAUGUGGACAAGAACCGCAAGCGGAUUCUCCUGACGCUCAAGAAGCAGGCGGACAGCGGCGUCCUGCUCCAGAUCAAAGGCUCCUACAAGCUCAAGAAGGCCGACAAGCCCGCUAAGAAGCCCGGAGCCAAGAAACCCGUCAAGGCAAAGAAGCCCGGCGUCAAGAAAGCAGCAGGAACGCCCAAGAAAGCAGCUGCCGCUAAGAAAGCAAAGCCAAGCCCGGCCAAGAAGGCAGCCAAGAAACUUGCGGCCAAAAAAUCACCCAGCAAGAAGUCGGCUAAGAAACCAGCAGCUAAGAAGACCCCGAAGAAGAGCGGGACGCCCAAGAAAGCUGCCCCAAAGAAAGUGGCAGCAAAGAAACCAGCAGCAAAAAAGCUCGUCAAGUCCAAACCUAAAGCAAAGACAACCAAGAAGUGAGCAGCUCACCAUC